AUCCUCUUUACCAAAAAAAAAAAUCCUCUCAUUCUUCUCACUGUUCUAGACUCUCAAAUCCACCCUCUGUGAACAACGUCUAUCAGCGAGCUCCUCCAUAAGCGAUUAACUUCCUUCCACGACCCCCCUUUAUCCGCGACACCAAUAUCUCACACAUUCGAACUCCUUUUCUUCGGCGGAGUCUCCCUGCUCGUUCUCUCGAUAUCUCUGGCAAACGCAACUACUAAAGGAAACUUCAAUUUGCUUUCUUUGUCUCCGGCCAAAACGGCCGGUGAAGGAAGUACCUUAUGCAUCUUUUUGUCUCCACGCAUCUCAAUGUCUCAUGGAGCCAUGCCAACAAGCCUCAGCUUCUUAUUUCGUUACAGGUUUCACUUUGUUUGCUAACAACACGUUCAGCAUAUAAGCCUUUCUUCACUUCUCUUCUCUGCAAGACCCUUCAAACUUUUGCUAAACUCUUCACUUCUCUGCUACACCCUUCAAGCGUUCCAGCCUUUCUUUUCCACCACUUCACCUCUCUCGCGUGACCUUCUCUUCUUCUCCGCUGCACAACGAUUCUCUCUAUCUCUCUCGGUUCCAAAUCAGCCUCUUCUCUCGUGGAUUUUCCGCCAGCCCAUUAAAGGUGUUGAUUUCAAGAUCAAAACGCUAACCGUAGGUGGAAAAAGAUCAUAACUCUCCACAGACACAUGGCUGAUGCAUCAACUCCUUCUCAAAGUGGGUUGAAUACUCAAUCAACCAAAAAAAAUGUAAGAGGUUGCACCCGGAUGAAAAAGUUGGAACUUUUGUCAGCACGGGGUGAGAGAAAAUCGAUUGAUUUCAAUUCAGAUGGACGUCCUAUAGGGAAAAAUGCACAUGAUUUCAAGUAUCAUGUGGCUUCCCUUGCUCGAGAGAAAAUCAGUAUUCUGAUUGAUGAGUGGGAUAAGGUUGGUAGCGAAGACAGAAAUGAAAUUUGGACAGGACUUAAGCAAGUAUGGGAUAUUCCUAAAAAUGCUGCUGCUGAUAAGAAAACGAUGAUAUAUGCGGGUGAGCGUUGGAAGGCCUUUAAAAACAGCUUAACCAGUAGAUAUAUAGACGAGAAAGGAAAUAAGUUUGGCAAAUCUGCUGCUGAUGAUUACUCUUAUAUUGGUAAAGAAACGUGGAACGAUUUUGUUAAGUCGCGAGAGGACCCUGCCUUUCUGGAGAAAAGAAAGAAGGGGCAGGUGGCUCAGUCUUAUAAUAAAUAUCCCCAUAGAUUGUCUCAAGGCGGAUAUGCUUUGCUCGAGAAAGACAUGAUGGCAGAUAAGUUAAAAAAAAGAAAAGAAGCAGCUGGAGGGGCAGAGGUUCCACCUCCAUCUCCACCACAACGUCAUGAAAAGUGGAAGCAAGCCCGACUAAAACCAUCAGGAGAGUAUACAUCAGAAGCCACGCGUCUUAUUGCAGAAAAUAUUGAUGCUCUGGUGUCAGAAGGGACCUUUGUCCCACAAGGACGACACGAUAUUUUGACAGAAGCCACAGGGCGAGGUGAGCACCCUGGUCGGGUUCGGGGUGUUGGUGGGGGUGUGGGGAUUCGAGAAUACUUUAGAUCUCAUUCUUGUAAAUAUUCCGGUACCCCUCCUGUUAUGAAUAAAGAACAAAUAGAGGCCAUAAAGGCUGAGCUUACUAAGGAUAUUACAGCGCAAGUGAUGCGGGAUAUAUCUUCGUUGCCAGCUUUCUCUAAAAAAUACACAAAUAACCCAGUUUGUUCUCCAAAUACCACUCUACAAUAUGAGAGCACAAAGGCUAGUUGUUUAGAGUUGCCGCAUAUGUCAGAUGAUGAUCCGGAGGAUAUUCCUGAAGAGUGUGAAUUGUAUAUUGAAGGAAGCAAUCAUGUAGUGGCAUAUGCUAAUGUGUAUAGGUUGGGGCCCAAUAUACAUAAUCAAGUGUUAAAUAAUGAUAUGGUGAGAGUGGCUGUUACCAAAGUGAUAUAUGCAAAUGCUAAAUUACCUGUGCCGACUGAUGAGGUUACAACUGUUGGUGACGCCCCCAAUACUUUCAUUCAAUGGCCCAAAAGACUUUUGCAACUUAUUUCUAACAAGCAUGUUCGAUCUAAGAAAUAUGAUGCUCCACCGAAAAAGUCGGAACCUAUCUGUCAAAAAUUAGGGGUAAAGGCAAUGUAUAUAGAUCAAAAUUUGAAGUUUAAUGUUGAAUUCGGUGGGACAAAUGCCUUUAUUGAGCUCCCAAGGGAAGAUAUUGUAGACUUGUGUAUGGGUACAAAAGAAUUAGGGAUCAGUAUUUUACAAGUGUGGCUUAUAUAUCUUCAUCGUCGUUGUAUGGAAUUGGGCAACAAUAACGUUUAUGGAUUUAUUGAUCCGCAAUUCACUCAUAGUCAAAAUGAGCGUGGUAGUGUUCAGUCCUACAUACAAAAGAAGAUGUGUGAUGAUAAAAAAGAAUGUUACAUUGCUCCUUAUUUAAACAAUCAUCAUUGGCAAUUGCUCAUUAUUAAUCCUACGAAGCUUGAAGUAGUCUUUCUAUGUUCAUUGGGAAAGAAGCCGGAUAAAAAAAUCUGUGACAUAGUUGAAACAGCUUUGGGAGCUUAUAAUAAGUUACAACGUGCGAGAAAGCAAAAGAAAGUAGAAUGGUUCUUUCCCACCAGUCAAAAGCAACAAGCUAGUUAUGAGUGUGGCUAUUACAUCAUGAUUCACAUGUUGAACAUUAUAUCUGCUACUAUUGUUUGUUCAUGGACACAGAUAUUUCGGGAUUCAAAGCCAUUUCAAAAAGAUGAAGUUAAAAAUGUUCAAGAACGCUGUGGAAACAUGAUAUUGGAACAUAUUGAAGUAAGUGCAGACAAUGAUAUGAAUUAGGGUGCAAUUCUGUGUUGGAUGUUGGCUAUAGUCAUUAAGGUUCCUACUUUUGAUUGUAUUUUGAUAAGUACGUUGUUGUUUCACCCAAGUAGUUACUCUUGUUUAUGCUUUUUUUAUAAGACUAGUGUUAUAUCUGUUGAGUUUGCAUUUUAGUGCAAAGCGCAAUGUACCUAUUUUGAUUACAAUGAUGUUUUAAUUUUAUAUGACAAUAUUUUCUUCUA